GUACAGCAACCGCAGUACGGCAUUGAGUGAGAAGUGAGGAAGGCGUGUAGGCGUGGAGGCACAUGGCUCUGAGAGUGAUUGUGGGGAUACUGUUAGUGGUGUUCGUUACGGAAGAAUUCAGCGCGUUCGUUACCGUUCCCACGAGAAUAACUCACGCAGGAAAACAACACCCUACGACGAACGGGCUGCGCAUGAUGAUGGGCAAGAAGGGAGGGGCUCAAUCCAAGAAGAAGCGAGGGCGAGGCGGGAUCGAAGACGUCGGCGUGGAGAACGAGGCUAUUGGUAUGGAUAAGAAGGGGGGCGCUGCGGCAGAGGAGAGCGAUGGGAUUGUGCCUCGCCUGGUUGUUAUGGACCUUGACUACACGUUGUGGAAGCCGGAGCUGUACCAGAUGAGGGGGGCGCCCUUCACCAAGGAAAAGGACGGCAAGGUAAGGGAUCGCUCGGGCGAGGUGAUCGACCUCUUCCCCGGCGUUCGAGAAGCACUGCUGGAGGUGCACAGGGGGCAUCGCUUCAGGGACACCAAGCUAGCCAUCGCUUCGAGGACAUCGCACGAAAGAUGGGCGCGGCAAGUUAUGGGUCUCAUCGAGCUUGAGCCCGGCCUCCUGAUGCGCAGCGUUUUUUCCUUCACCGAAAUCUACUCGGGCUCUAAGGUUCGGCACUUCGGGGAGAUCCGUCGAAACUCGAAAGUUCCAUACGAGGAAAUGAUUUUCUUCGACGAUUGGGACCAGAACUGCAAGGACGUGGGCAAGCUCGGUGUCACCUGCGUCGAGUGUCGGCGGGGUUUGAUUCGAGAAGUGUGGACCCGGGGACUAGCCAAAUUUGCUGCAGCUAAAGAGAGCCUGAGGUCGUGACAACGGGUGUUCUUUUUCAAUUUUUGCUGAGACGCUUGGUAAUGGCCCGUGGCGGUGGGGUGGGGUAAGACGAGUGACAUAAAAUAGCUCUUGCACCCAUCCCAAUCGAAGGCAGGCGGCGAGGCUGGUCGUUCGUCCAACAUGCUUGGAUACGCAUGUCAGAUAUGUCAGGCGGGGAGAACACCCUAUGCUGUGCACUACUGUUGUUUAGCGAUAUUUUAGUCAUCGGGAUGCUUGCGCCCCGAUCGGGAUCGCGAUAUUUUUUUGUGCGAAUGCACUGCUUUGUGUUGCUACCACGUGUGUUGGUUCACUUCUCUAUGCGACCCACCUACGCUUACUGUGGGUUGGGUCCAUUUGUUUCCAAGAUAUUGCCGACAGCAGCUAAAACGACCUCACGUUCCGAAUGUGCCCAAAGUUUUUUUUUGCUUUUGCAGCCAAAGGGAGAUGAUGCGU